AUGCUGUUCCAGCUUGCUGAUGUUACUAUUGGUGAGGUUCCAGCCGCUGAUGUGCCAGCUGUUGUUGUACCAGCUGCUGUUGUUGUACCAGCUGCUGUUUUUGUACCUGCUGCUGUUGUUGUACCAGCUGCUGUUGUUGUACCAUUUGCUGUUGUUGUACCAGUUGCUGUUGGACCAGCUGCUGUUCUUGUACCAGCUGCUGUUCUUGUACCAGCUGCUGUUCUUGUACCAGCAGCUGUUGUGCUAGCGCAGAUGUUCUUGCUGUCGGUGUUCCAACUGCUGACGUCCCAGCCAUGUAAUGUCCCAGCUGUCGGUUCUCCAGCUGCUAAUGUUCCGGUCGACGUGGUUCCAGCUACUGGUGUUCUAGCUGCUGAUGUACCAGCUGUCGAUGUUCCAGCUAUUGAUGUUCCAGCUGAUGAUGUUACAGCCAUUGAUGUCCCAGCUACCAGCUUUCCGACGGGCGAGGUCCUGGCCGCCCGUCCCAGGGGGCUCCUGCCCUGA